UCUAAGCAAUCAGAUGGUGUAGAAGAAAGCCUGAACCCUUGAAGAGGGACCCUUGCCCUAAUUCUCCUCCAGGCCAAUACCCUGUGACUCCUUGGAAGAAUAAGCCAACACAAUGGACUGGGGUACCCUGCAUACUUUCAUCGGGGGUGUAAACAAACACUCCACCAGCAUCGGGAAGGUGUGGAUCACCGUCAUCUUCAUUUUUCGCGUCAUGAUCCUCGUGGUCGCCGCUCAAGAGGUGUGGGGUGACGAGCAGGAAGAUUUUGUCUGCAACACGCUGCAGCCAGGGUGCAAAAAUGUGUGCUAUGACCACUUUUUCCCUGUGUCCCACAUCCGGCUGUGGGCCCUGCAGCUCAUCUUCGUGUCCACCCCGGCCCUGCUGGUAGCGAUGCACGUGGCCUACUACAGGCACGAGGCCGCCCGCAAAUUCAGGCGAGGAGACAAGCGAAAUGAAUUCAAAGACCUCGAAGACAUUAAAAAGCAGAAGGUCCGGAUAGAGGGGUCCCUGUGGUGGACAUACACCAGCAGCAUCUUCUUCCGCAUCAUCUUCGAAGCAUCCUUUAUGUACGUCUUUUACUUCCUUUACAACGGGUACCACCUGCCCUGGGUGUUGAAAUGUGGGAUUGACCCCUGCCCCAACCUUGUUGACUGCUUUAUCUCUAGACCUACUGAGAAAACCGUGUUUACCAUUUUUAUGAUUUCCGCAUCUGUGAUUUGCAUGCUGCUUAACGUGGCCGAGCUGUGUUACCUGCUCCUGAAAGUGUGUUUUAGGAGAUCAAAAAGAGCACAGACACAGAGAAAUCACCCCAAUCAUGCCCUAAAAGAGAGUAAGCAAAACGAAAUGAACGAGCUGAUUUCAGAUAGUGGUCAGAAUGCGAUCACAGGCUUUCCAAGCUAAACGUUUCAAAGCACGGUGUAGCCGACUCAUAACAAAAGUGGUGUCUUCUCCUGAAGGCAAUGCCCACGUAAAAAUCCCCUCUAUAGACUGAAGACUUUGUCUUUAUAAAUGGCUUUCAUAAUCCAUAGACAC